AUUGGCUGCUGCUUGUGCCUCCCUUGGUCCAGUACUAUCAUUUGCGGCAUCUUCUGACAGAUCAUGGCCUCGUCCUCAUUCUGCCUCACAUGCUCAUCUGAAUUAGCUCUCGAACGAUCGCCCUGGCUCACACCCUGCUGCUCUACGCCGAUAUGUUCCUCAUGCCUUUCGCGUAACCCGAGAUUGAAAGAUUACAUCCCAUGUCUGAAAUGUGGUGAUGUGAAGACGUUGGAAGGGGAGAGAGCGGCGCGGUCGAGGAGAGCCAUGAGGGAUCCGAGAGCACAGAUGGAAGAGAGCGACAUGUUCACGAUCGGAGACGAUGAGGAUGAUCCCCCCGCAUACGAUGAUGCGCCGAUCGAUUGUCAGCCGGAGAGGUCGGCAGAGCCGAGCGGGGAUCAUGCCCAUGUAGGCUCCCUGUCGGAAGAGGAGAUGGAGACCGUCGAGAUCAGGCACCCAGUCUCUAAAUCCGAUACCCUUCUCUUCAUUGCUAGACGCUAUGCUGUUGAUGUGAGUAGGCGGACUGCCGUGGUUCACCCGCCCAUUGACACUCUAUCUCAGCCACAUGAGAUCGUUGCCUUGAACGAUCUACCCCCUGCUGUCCUCUCCAGUCAACCUCAUCUCCUCCGCACUCGUCAAACACUCAUCAUCUCCCGACGUCAAAUCCCAAAAUCUAAACUCGCAAAUGGUGGUGAUCCACUUGUAUUCGAUUCGGGCUUAGGUGUAGCAGAACAGACAGAAGAUGACAAGAGGGAGAGAGAACGAGCUGUCAAACGAUUUCAACUCUUGACCAAGACUAUCGACCCGGGCGUAGGGCAAGCGUACAUGGGACUGAGUGAGCUAGAAGAGGAAGAUGGUUUAUUAGAUGAGUCGUUCGAGGGGGAGAAUGACGCCGGUGGAUCUGGUAAGAAGGCUCUGCGAGAACCGGCGAAUAGAGAGGAUAGAGCUCUAGAGGCAUUCUACGGUGAUGAGCAGUGGGAGCACGAGGCUGGAAAGCCCACACGUGGGCAAGGCGUUGGGCGGUGGAAGACAAUUGGGAAUGGUUCCAACUUGGGGAUCAAAGUGUAAGGGGAGGAGUCGAAUCCUCGCAAUCGGAUAAUGUGCCAUCCACGAUCUCUGACGAACCGGCA